AUGCACGCCUCUAAAUAUACUGUAGUCGCCUAUUCCAACGCCACCAACAUCCGCACUUCACUCAGACGUGAAGGCGGUGAGAUUGUCAUCAACGGGGACAAAUGCGGAGCUGGUGAUAUCCGUACCAGAGUGCACAGCCCUGGUAUCAGAGUCAUUCGCCCUAUGAAGGUUUUCGGAUACGAUGAUGCCCCGAAGGUCAUUGCGAAAUUAUCUACGAUAAUUGCGGCUCUGCAGAUUGAUAACUUCACCGCCAAAGGUGCUCUGAAGGAAAUUGGUAUCGCUAAGUUCUUCGUCCCUCCAGUGGCCCUUGGUGUCAUCGACCGUACCAUUCAAACAUAUGGUGCUGAGGGCGUCUGCCAAGACCAGCAUUUGGCUAAAUCAUGGGCCGAACUUCGUACGAUGUGGAUUGCUGAUGGCCCCGACGCUGUCGUUGAGCGGGCGAUGGCCAGGAAGGAGAAGGAGAUCUUGGAGAAGGCUGGCUUGAGAUCCAAGUCUCACUCCUACCUCUAG